AUGUCCAUUGAUCCUUGUAUUAAAUCAACACCAUUUGCCUCCAUAAAAAAUGAGAGUUAUUUUAAAGAAGAAGAUGAAGUUCUCUUCUCAAUGCACACUGUCUUUCGAGUGUGUGCAAUUAAACAAAUGGGCUAUGAUCAUAAACUUUAUCAAGUUGAAUUACAAUUAAUGUCGGAUGAUGAACAACAACUACGAUUACUUACUGAUCAGAUACGAGAAGAAGCUACUGGUGAUAAUGGAUGGCGAAGAUUGUGCAAAUUAUUGCUUAAAAUCGGUCAAUUUAUUAAGGCUGAAGAACUUUGUGAUGCGUUACUCGAAAACGAAUCUGAUGAUACUGAAAAAGCAUAUUACUAUGUUUGUCUGGGAUAUGUCCAAGAUCAUAAGGGUGAUUAUGCAAAGGCUAUUUGGUAUUACGAAAAAGCACUUGAAAUUGAACAAAAUACUCUUCCGUCAAAUCAUCCUUCAUUGACUAUUUCAUAUGGCAACAUCGGAUUGGUGUAUAACAACAUGGGGGAGUACUCUAAAGCGCUUUCAUUUUGCGAAAAAGCUCUUGAAAUAUUUCAUGAAACUCUUCCUUCAAAUCAUCCUUCAUUAGCUACUUCAUACAACAACAUCGGUUUGGUGUAUGAUAACAUGGGAGAGUAUUCAAAAGCAAUUUCAUUUUGCGAAAAAGCACUGUAA